AUGCUUUCAAAAAUCCUAAGCUAUCUUAUCAACCCAUUAGUCAUUAUGAUUUUCGUCUUGCUGGCAGUAGCUCUAUUGACCUUGGUAGAGCGCAAGGUAUUGAGCUAUAUACAACUCCGUAAGGGCCCAAAUGUAGUAGGCCCCUACGGCCUCCUUCAACCCUUCGCUGAUGGCUUAAAGCUUUUUACUAAAGAACCAGUACGACCCUCCACCUCCUCACCCGCUUUGUUUCUCAUUACACCUAUUAUAGCGCUAACCUUGGCCCUUACCUUAUGGGCGCCCCUCCCCCUGCCUUUCCCUAUUGCAGACCUUAACUUAGGGGUCUUAUUUAUCCUCGCACUAUCUAGCCUGGCAGUUUACUCCAUCCUUGGCUCAGGAUGAGCUUCCAACUCAAAAUACGCCCUAAUCGGCGCUCUCCGUGCAGUAGCCCAAACCAUCUCUUAUGAAGUAAGCUUAGGCCUUAUCCUUCUUAAUGCUAUUGUUUUUACCGGGGGUUUCACCCUGCAGACCUUUAGCACCGCACAAGAAGCCACCUGGCUACUUCUGCCAGCAUGACCUCUCGCAGCUAUAUGAUACAUCUCAACCCUCGCUGAAACCAACCGAGCCCCUUUUGAUCUAACAGAAGGAGAAUCAGAACUAGUCUCUGGUUUUAAUGUUGAAUACGCUGGCGGUCCCUUUGCUCUCUUUUUCCUAGCAGAAUAUGGCAACAUUUUACUCAUAAAUACUCUCUCAGCGGUAUUAUUUUUGGGGACCUCAACCUACCACAAUCUGCCAGAACUCAGCGCAACUUUGUUAAUGCUUAAAGCCACCCUCCUGUCAGUCGUGUUCCUCUGGGUCCGUGCAUCCUACCCACGAUUCCGCUAUGAUCAGCUGAUACACCUAAUUUGAAAAAAUUUUCUCCCCCUAACCUUAGCUCUGGUUAUCUGACAUCUUUCCCUUCCAAUUUCAUUCAAUGGUCUCCCCCCUCAACUUUAA